AUGGCGACAGUGAGAUGGAUCAUAUGGAAAGCAAGGAAUCAGAAAAUCUUCAACAAUGAGACCCCUGAUACUUGCAAUGUGCUGAGAGUUAAAGGCUUACGGAACGAGCUUAUCAACAUGGAGGAUAUGCGAGGCAAAAGGAGUCAGUAUAAGCCUAUGGAUAAUGAGGAGACAAUGCAACUGUUGAGUUCUGAGUUCUUUAUUUGUUGUGAUGGAGCUUUUAAAUCUAAAACCAACGAAGCCUCUUGUGUUGUUCUCUUCUUAAACUCCAAGGGAGGUCUAAUGGAUGGUGCUUCAAAAUCCUUUUUUGCCACUUCAAGCCUGUAUGUAGAAGCAGAGGCGAUCGGACAUGCCUGUUUCUUGGUUAAAGCAAACUCAUUGAUGAAUGCUACAAUUGUAAAUGACUACCUUAAUGCCUUUAAGCUGAUUGCCACAGAGAAUGUUCCCCCAUGGGAAAUCAACAUU